AUGAACAUAGGCGCAGGUAUAAAAGGGUCUGUUAGUAAAUUUGAAAUACAUAACGCUCUCAAUAAUUCUAAGGUUAAAUCUGCAGUCACGUCACAACUCGAAGCGCUAAAGGGGAUUUUAAAUGAUAAUGGCAGAAUUCCCAAAAUCGGUACAGUUCUAAUUGGCGACGAAUCCAUUACUACAUAUGGUGCAACUCCACUCACAUUGAAAACUAAUCUCUCGAAUUCGGAAAUUUUCGACACUGUGAUCCAGAAACUUUCUAGAAACCAGAUCGUAGAUACAGGUGAAGUAGAGAAACUCUUCAGCACUCUCGGCAAUAUUGCCACAACAGUCACCCGGCACACCCAAAACGUUGUUCAAAACGUAAUGCAGAAUAUUAAAAACAAAAUUGAAGAAGAACUUAAGGAUACCGUUGGGGCAGUUGAGUUGCGAUUCUCGGAUUUUAGCCAGCUGGUCACUGACCGCAGUGGACGUUCCGUGGGCCCUGUCUCUAAUAAAGCUGAAGGCCUCCAGUGGCUGAUUACCAAGUUUGAGAAGAACGUAAAACAAACCAUUGAAACGCUGCAGUCAACGUUUAACGAUACAUUUAAGCAAACUGGUGCAAUUCCUCGAGGUAAAGACAAAUAUGAGUUUGGACCGAAGCUCAUGGAAGCAUUCAACACCACUAACGCUGAUCUCGUAAAGGGAGACGUUAUGCAGAACAAACAAAAUGUGCUUGACGAACACAUCGGGCAUGAUAUUUUGGCAGGUUCAGGCGACCAAAAUAAAAUUGCCGAAAUUGCUGAUACUUUCACAAAAUACAGGCAGCAAAUCGUGAGAGAUAGCCUAACCAAUCCUGACCCAAACCAGCUACAAGGCAAACUCCCCGAGGCUAUCAGUGCGAUUAAAACCACUGCCUCCGGCAUCACCGUCCAAGGAACGAAACUGUCGAUGGACAACCUUGGUAAGAAAAUAACAUCCGACCUCGAAGCCCUUCUAAAUGCGUUUUCUGCAACUGGUAAAGUCGUGAAGGAUAAAUUGGUACAGCUGCAGAAGGACAUUGGUAUGGGUACUAAAAAUGAUAAUACACUACAGAAAAUCCACGACAAACUCAGUGAUAUUCUUACCAAAGAUUUCGCGAAAGCCAUCGACGAGGCGAGAAACUUCGACGCCAUUGCUUCCACAAGAUGCCGAGAAACCAUCGGACUACUCACUGAACACGUGAAUUCCUGUGCUUCGUCCGCAAUGUCCACACUCACUACCCACGCCCACCAACAAUACGUCCUUUCCCUCAAAGAAGCGCUGACGGCGUUCGCUGACAAGGUUCACAGGGAGUUGAACAUGUUGGUUGGUCCUAUAAAUAACGAUCUACAUGCGGGACUUAAGGGGUUUAUGCAUAAAAUCGAAGAGAGUUUGGUGAAGAAAAUUGAAGGAAUUACGACUAUCGAUCCCAAGGACUUCACUCAAAAGUCUCCACUCAGUAAGGGAGCAGAAAUAUUAAAUGUUGCCUUCACGUCGUUCUACAAUGCGCUGAAACAGCAAUCUGGUCUAGUAGCAGACUUCUGGAAAGUCAAAGCAUCGGAUGAAGCGCUAUACAUUCUACUGAAAAAGCUAUCAAAUUCGCAGCACUUUAAUAACGAAUUUAGAGAUAAUUGUGAUAAGCUUACGAAAUCACUAAGGUCAUUAACCGCUAACAUAUUUGCUGCUGACUCAACUUUAAUCUGCGAUGCAUUGAGACACGGCUAUACAGCACUGCUCACCGAGCUCGACAAGGCGUACGUGAAUAAGUACUCUGGCAUAGUAUACGCCGAAGAGCUGGUGAUGGAGGAGAAAACACUCACCGAAUACGGGAAGAGGUGCGCCAAAGUCUUUCUUACGAUUCUGAAAUUCUAUUGCGACGAUCUUAACGGGCUGCAGAAGCAUUGUGCGGAGAAGUCAGUGUGGAGGGGACGCCAAAUAUAUGCCUCUACAACAGCAAAGAGAACGCGCUCGGCGAUUAUUUGA